GAGGCGCUUCCAGGCCGGGGGUCCGUACGCGCCGCGUCCGGGCGGGCGGGGAAGCGCGGAGCGCAGCGAAGUCUCGCGAGAUCUGGCGGCGGCGGUGGCGGCGGUGGCGGCGGCGGCGGCGGCGGCCCGGGAGGUUCAUAAUAAAGGUGCUAAGAAAGAGAAUGUAAGACAGGAAAAUAAUUAAACGUUUUUACUGGGUCUCUUCAACAGGCUGCAUAUAAGAGGUGAGAGUCUCCUCCAUUACCAGUGGCUGGAACACAAUGGAUCACGCGGGAGCCAUAGACACAGAGGAUGAGCUGGGGCCUCUAGCUCACCUUGCACCAAGUCCUCAAAGUGAGGCCGUGGCUCAUGAAUUCCAGGAACUCUCGCUGCAGUCCAGUCAGCACUUACCCCCUCUGAACGAAAGGAAGAAUGGAAGUGUAGUCUUUGGGGAGUCAGGACUCCAGCCUCCUCCGCUGGCUCAGUCUGUGAGCAUGGUGCUCCAGCUGAGGCUGCAACAAAGGAGAACAAGGGAGCAACUAGUGGACCAGGGCAUCAUGCCACCUUUGAAGAGUCCAGCUGCAUUCCAUGAACAGAUAAAAAGCCUGGAGCGAGCCAGAACUGAAAACUUUUUGAAGCACAAGAUUCGGAGUCGGCCAGAUCGUUCAGAACUCGUCAGGAUGCACAUUUUAGAAGAAACAUUUGCAGAGCCAUCCCUUCAGGCUACUCAGAUGAAGUUGAAAAGAGCUCGGCUGGCUGACGAUCUGAACGAGAAGAUUGCUCAAAGGCCUGGGCCUAUGGAGCUAGUGGAGAAGAACAUUCUUCCUGUAGACUCCAGCGUCAAGGAAGCCAUUAUAGGUGUGGGGAAGGAGGACUACCCCCACACUCAGGGCGAUUUCUCCUUUGAUGAAGACAGCAGUGACGCUUUGUCUCCAGACCAGCCAGCAAGCCAGGAGUCUCAGGGGUCAGCUGCAUCCCCUAGUGAGCCAAAAGUCAGUGAAUCGCCAUCUCCUGUGACUACAAACACUCCAGCCCAGUUUACCUCAGUGUCCCCAGCAGUUCCUGAAUUCUUGAAAACUCCUCCAACUUCGGACCAGCCUCCCACAAGGUCCACAGCUCCUGUCCUCCCCACGAACACUGUGUCCUCAGCAAAGCCUGGCCCAACACUGGUGAAGCAAAGCCAUCCCAAGAAUCCGAAUGACAAACACCGUAGCAAAAAAUGCAAAGACCCGAAACCCCGAGUAAAGAAGUUGAAGUACCACCAGUACAUUCCACCAAACCAGAAGGGAGAGAAGAAUGAACCACAGAUGGACUCCAACUACGCCCGCCUGCUCCAGCAGCAGCAGCUCUUCCUGCAGCUGCAGAUCCUCAGCCAGCAGCAACAACAGCAGCACUACAACUACCAGACCAUUCUGCCUGCUCCCAUCAAAAAUGACAAGAACAAUAGUAGUGGGACUGUAGCUUUGACCAGUGCCACACCCAGCACACCGAGGCAGACGACAUGUGCCCCUGCGAGAAAGCCAGGACCUCUGCCUUCCAGCCUGGAUGACUUAAAGGUAUCAGAACUGAAGACAGAACUGAAACUGAGGGGUCUGCCAGUGUCAGGCACCAAACCAGAUCUCAUUGAACGCCUGAAACCUUACCAGGAGGUAAACAGCAGUGGCCUUGCCACUGGCAGUAUUGUGGCAGUGUCAUCAGCUGCCAUCGUCACCAGUAACCCAGAGGUGACCGUGGCACUGCCGGUUACAACACUACAUAAUGCUGUGACUAGCCCUGUGUCCACUUUCAAGGCAGAUUUGCCGCCUGCUGGACCCAACAAUGCGACCCACAUCGAAAGUGUCCAUUCCCCACUACCCAUCUCACCAUCACCCUCCGAGCAGUCCAGUCUCAGUACCGAUGACACGAACAUGACAGAUACCUUCACGGAGAUUAUAACCAUGAUGUCCCCCUCUCAGUUCUUGUGUUCAUCCCCCCUGAGGGUGGCAAGCCAUGAGGACAGCCUGAGUCCCACCAACAGUACGCUGUCAACCCUAGAACUGGAUGCUGCUGAGAAGGACCGCAGGCUUCAGGAGAAGGAAAAGCAGAUUGAAGAGCUGAAGAGGAAACUGGAACAAGAGCAGAAGCUCGUGGAGGUUCUGAAGAUGCAGCUUGAGGUUGAAAAGCGAGGGCAGCAGCAGCGACCUUCAGACCUCCAACCUAGUGGCCCUGUGCAUCCUGUCAAUGCAUCAGAUCAGAAGCAUAGCAUCGUCGGGUCCUCUGUCAAGGAUGAGGCCUCACUCCCUGACUGCUCCAGCCCCCGGCAGCCCAUCCCGGUCGCCAACCACUCUAUAGGCCAGCCCAUCUCCACUGGUGGCCAAACCCUUGUUGCCAAAAAGGCUGUUGUCAUCAAGCAAGAGGUCCCCAUGGCCCAAGCAGAACAGCAAAGUGUUGUCUCACGGUUCUACGUGAGUCCCCAGGGACAGCCACCUGCCCUUGUCGCUCAGCCUCAGGCCUUACUGACCACGCAGACCACUCAGUUGCUGCUGCCAGUACCCAUCCAGGGCUCGAAUGUCACUUCAGUUCAGCUCCCAGUAGGCAGCCUCAAACUCCAGACCCCACAAGCAGGAAUCCAGGCUCAGCCUCAGAUAGCGACAGCUGCACAGAUUCCAGCUGGGGCCUUGCCCUCAGGCUUGGCCCCCACAGUACCUCAGAAGCAGGAGGCCUUUCCACAGCAUGUUCUCAGCCAGCCCCCGCCAGUCAGAAAGGUUUUCACAAACUCAGCACCAAACACAGUUCUUCCGUAUCAGAGACAGCCUGCCCCAGCAGCACAGCAGCCCUUUGUCAGCAAGACCUCCAACCCCGUUCUUCAGUCCAGAAGCACCCCACUUCCACCCCUGCAGAAUGGACCUGCCCCAUCCAGCAAGCCUAGCUCACCCCCUCCACCCCAGCAGUUCGUUGUCCAGCACUCUUUAUUUGGGACCCCAGUCACCAAGACAAAAGACCCACCCCGCUAUGAGGAGGCCAUCAAGCAGACACGUAACGCACAGCCGGCCCUUCCAGAGAUUUCCAAUGUGCACAGUCAGCAGAUGGAUGACCUCUUCGAUAUCCUCAUAAAGAGCGGAGAGAUCUCCCUCCCUAUAAAAGAAGAGCCUUCUCCAAUUUCUAAGAUGAGACCAGUGACAGCCAGCAUUACCACAAUGCCAGUCAACACAGUGGUAUCUCGGCCACCGCCCCAGGUCCAAAUGGCACCGCCUAUAUCCUUAGAACCUAUGAGCAGUUUAUCUGCCAGCUUAGAGAACCAACUAGAAGCCUUCUUGGAUGGAACUUUACCCUCAGCUAAUGACAUUGCCCCACUGCAGAGCAACAGCGAGGACAGAGAGCCUUUCUCUCUGAUGGAGGACCUCCAGAAUGACCUGCUGAGUCACUCCAGUGUGCUGGACCACUCUCACUCCCCCAUGGAGACCUCCGAGGCCCAGUUUGUGGUAGGGACACCCUGUCUGUCUCUCGACCUAUCAGACUCCACCCUGGACAACAUGGAAUGGCUGGACAUCACCAUGCCGACCUCGUCCUCGGGGCUCACCCCUCUCAGCGCCACUGCACCAAGCAUGUUCUCUGCUGACUUUCUGGACCCACAGGACCUGCCACUUCCAUGGGACUAAGGUCAUUUAUCUAAGAGCUCCUGAGGUUUCAGAACAUGAAAACAAUUCUGAAAGGUCAGUUUUUAGAGUUAGAGCCAUAGUUGCACUGAUGCAAUUAAAUAUGUUGUCACAG